AUGGAGCAGACGCCACAGGAUGAACCAAGCCUACCUGUGUCCCCGAGAGCUACUCCCUUGGGGCACCGUGGGCCAAAGGCUUCGACAGCCACGAACCAGCCUGAAAGAGACAAUAUGAACGCUGCCCUUCUUGACAAAAUGCACACCGCUGCCUACAAGUCCGAUUCGCUGACCCUUUUCAACGACCUUGCCCCUCUGCCUGCACCAGUUCCGGCCACAGAAGACAAACCAUUAUUGGAAGAUCAACACGGGAGGCUCACCGGGCUUUAUUCUCGUAUCAGAGAGUCUGUUGGUGGAAUGAGAGACAUCGUGAGUGGCGGGACAAGAUCAGCGGACCGAAGUGCUGCAGAGACGCCUGCAAUCAAGAGCCCGAGCUCUGAGCGGUCCAUGAGCAAAUCAGCAUCCGACCUAGCGUCCAGUAUGGCGGAAUACCCCCCGUCCCAUACCAACUCAUCACAAGGCUCAAGGCUGCAUUCGCCCGUUAUGGCAAACUUCCAAGCAAAUGCCCCAGAAGCAGUUUCCAACGCCAACGCCAACCCCACGAAAGGCUCUAAGGUAUCAUCGAAGAGCGCUAGUGUGUCUUCUAAGACCUCUAUCUCUCCGUCUCCAGGAAUAAAAAACAACAUUACACCCCUGACAAAGUCUACUGCCCCAUCAAGCACAGCGGAUCCUGCCAUCACCCAAGUCCAUUCGGUCGGACAGACUCGGCAAUCCCGAAGCAGCUCUCUCAAUAAUACGUCACAGAGUCACAAAAAUGCGGACUCUGCCAGCCUCAGUAGUAGGGAUGGCCCUACGGAGCCCUCGUUCAGUCAGAGCUCAUCCGUCCUGGGUCAACAUUUGACUCACUCACCUGUCCUGUCCAUCAAACCUCAUGAGAGCUUCAAUGAAGAGCAAAAUUCAUUAGAGCGUACCGGGUCUUUCGCUUUAAACAACAAUGCUUCAGAUGACCAGAGCAAUAAAAAUGCCUCGGCAGAACAGCCCGGACUCGUUGACCAUUCUCAGCCUGCUCUUGUCAGAAGUUCUAAACACCCUGACCAGACGCAAGAGUCAACACCCCAACAGAAUGAAAGCAGAUCGAACUCUCGCCUGUCAUUUGGCUAUGAUGAACCAGCAAUCUCGGCAAUACCGAAGGGGCUCUCUCGGUCUUCCCCUCGGGCCUCUGUAUCCAGAUCAAAUAGCAUACCUUCAGUGACGGGGGAAGCGGUCAGCAAUACCGAGCUCUCAAACAACCCGGUACAUUCCAGAUCAAGAGAAGGCUCAAAACCCCCAGUGCCAAAUAAUAGAUCGCAUGGAUACGGGAUGUCUCGAGCAUCCACAGCAGAGAGUACGACCACGAUAGCUUCGUUGCCGUCUUUGAACACCGCUGUUGCACAAAUUCCCAAGCAGACACAAAAGGAGACCCGCCCACAAGCCGUCGGCGAUGGAAUGCUUUCCCAGCUCCGGAGCAGGCUACUUAGCAAGGAUUUUUGGAUGCGUGACGAGAAUGCGAAAGAUUGCUUUCACUGUGGGGAGCCUUUCACAACUUUUCGAAGGAAACAUCAUUGUCGUACAUGUGGGCAGAUUUUUGACUCAAAAUGCACGCUCUUGAUUCCCGGUAUCCGCUUUGGUCAACCCGGGUCUAUCCGUGUUUGCAAGCCUUGUGAGGUGAUGAUUAAUGGUCACGACGAUGACUCUUCCGAGUUCUCUGAUAGCGAACAAAGCCCUAAUAUUGUGAACCCUCGAAUUUCUGAGCUUAGUUGGGGGAGUGGCUCCCGGGCUUUUGUGGACGACGAUGAUUCAUCUUCAGUUGUAUCUCAGUCUAUCGAGCAUGUCCUCAAGACCCCACAGAUGGCCAUUCCAGCCACGCGCCGGCCAGGAGAGGGGCAUAAUAAGUCGGCAGUCCUUGAAAUCAAACCCGAUCGCUCCCUAGCAAGGCCAACGUCUUCCCGGUCCCUGAAGUCAUCAAUGGGAGGCAGGCCUCAUACAACCGGCCAUAGGCGUCAUCCUUCGCAUCAACAGUACAUCCGAAGCUUUAAGCCUAGGCAUGACGACCGGGCGCCAUUUCAGCGUCGUCAUGCAGAUGAGUAUAACUCUGGCUCUCGGCUUCCAGCUUUCCACAAAGACAAUAUCAUUGACCCUGACUUGGCCCAAUACCUUUCAGAUGAUGCUUCAAGUGGUGAUGAACAACCUAGCCUCAUGUCUACUUUCUCCGAUAAUAACCUGUCUAAGAGCGGAGGCGAAAAUGACCGUGCUCUGUUUGGCAGUCUUUUUGCUGCAAUGAAAAAGGGUCGUUCUGCGUUUGGGGACCGAAGCACUCCCAGCGUGAACCCGUCUUAUCGAGACCCAGACGAAGCGAGCGUCAGCAGCUCAAGGGCUGUGAAUUUACCUCGUUCUUCACGUCGUCGGAACCUGAGUGUCGCCAGCAGUGUACAUCGUCCGUCUCCCAGGGUUUCAAAGGAUUUGGUAUUUUCUCCUGACAUCCCAGAAAGUGCUCCAAUUGCGAAUCACCAGAGCGGCCAUGCGAAGCAGACGAGAAGUUCGUCGAUGAGGGGCAGAGAAGCACCACCGGUCGAAUUGAACAAGGCUAGCUUGCAACAUGUGCGGAGAUUGCUCAGGCAACUUUUGACGGAAGCUGCUGUGCCAAAUGAGGACAGCUGGGAGACUUCUUUGAUGCCAAUUCUGUUGAAAGCAGCAGAUGAAGUUAAUCCUGAUGUUCUCCGUGGAGAUGAUAUGGAUAUUCGUCAUUACGUUAAACUCAAAAAGAUCCCUGGUGGCAGGCCUGGAGACACUUCCUACGUAUCUGGGCUUGUUUUCACGAAGAACUUGGCGCUUAAAAGCAUGCAAAGAAGCAUCUCCCAUCCGAACAUCUUGAUCCUCACAUUCCCUCUAGAAUAUGCACGUCACCAGCAGCAAUUCAUGAGCCUCGAGCCUGUCAUUCGACAGGAACGUGAAUUCCUCGAAAACCUUGUCAGCCGAAUUGCUGCGCUCCAACCCACACUGCUCCUUGUUGAAAACAAUAUCUCCGGUUUGGCUCUCGAACUGCUUGGUCGAGCCGGCAUUGCCACCGCAUACAAUGUCAAACCCUCUGUACUUGAAGCCGUCUCAAGGUGCACGCAGACUAGGAUCGUGACAUCCAUGGACAAGCUACUCACUACUACACUGCACAGUGAAUGUGGCAGCUUCGAUGUGAAAACAUUUGUCUACGCUAAUCGGAAAAAAACAUACAUGUACAUCUCUGGUUGCCCGAAAUCUCUGGGAUGCACUAUCGUCUUGCGUGGUGCAAAUGAAAAGAUACUCGCUAAAGUCAAAGAGAUCACAGAAUUUAUGAUUUAUGUGGUCUAUAAUUUACGGCUUGAAACUUGCCUCAUGCGAGAUGAAUUCGCAAAACUACCAACGUCAUGUAUCGAUGAUGAGCAAGCCUCAAGUGAUAUUGCGAGCAAGCCCCAUAUUCUCGCUACUGCGGAGAGUCUCGCGUCUACGGAAGUAGGGACGUCCCAAACCACCGCAGGCAACAAAAGCUCUGGGGAUGUUUCAAACAAAGUACCGACCACCGCGGAUUCCAUAGAGAUCCCUGACAAUGUCCCUCAUCCAACAUACUACAACAACCUGAUACAAGAUCACAAAACCAAGCUUCUGUCCGCCUCUCCUUUCGUCAAAUACGAGCCUCCUUAUUUGCUCAUGCGUGUCAGAGAACUUGAAAGGCGAUUGGACUACCUCAAGAGUCUACGUGAUCAAGACGGAUAUUCUGAGCAAAGUCUUGAAGAGAAGGCCAAGCCACAAAAGUUCAUUCUCAUCACCCCCGAGAUGGUACAUGAAUCGCCUCACGAUGCUCCUCCGAAAGUCAAGGAAGUUCUUCGAGCGGCUCACGAUGCUGAAUAUGACAGAGUUCUUUACCACUACCAGACCCAGAAACGACAGUGGGAGGCUUACGUUUCUGGAAACUCCAAUAUGUUUGAUCCCUAUGCCCAUCAAAAUAUUGUCGUGCUAUAUAGUCUUGUUUGUACUACUACGUCAAUCCCCUGUUCUGGCCCAGACACCUUCGCCAUUGAGUUCUACAACGAGCACGGGGAUGAUGUGAUGCUUGAGCCUGACUGUACAGUUGGACAAUAUGUUGAAGACCUUUGUCAUACUGCAAACACAGUUUGUACUGCUAACGGCUGUGAGAAGCUCAUGCUCGAGCAUCAUCGUCAAUAUGUCCAUGGUGACGCCCAGGUAAGUGUGCUUGUGCAGCCUCAUCCGCCCAAAGUGCGAGGGAUGCAAAACACUAUCCUGAUGUGGAGCUGCUGCAAAAUUUGCGGAAAUGAAACCCAGGUGACUCCAAUGUCUGAGGCUACAUGGAAAUACUCCUUUGGCAAGUAUCUAGAGAUAUGUUUCUGGGGUAGGAAUCUGCAUGCUCGGGCCGAGGUCUGUCCUCAUGACCUCCAGCGAGACUAUCUACGCUACUUUGGCUUCCAGGACAUGGCGCUUCGCAUCCAGUAUGAUAAGAUUCAUAUUUUGGACAUCGUUGUUCCUCGGCCCCGUGUCACCUGGAAGGUGGACAAUGACCUCAGAAUGAAGAAUGACGUUUAUAUGCGCACCGAGAACCGUCUCAACAAGUUCAUGAUGUCAGUCCUCGCGCGUCUAGAGAGCAUCAAUGUCAAGAACGUCCUUCCUGAGCUGUUAAGCGAAUGUGAGAAAGAAAUUGAGGGUCUGACGAGAAAGGCCAAAGAAGACCAUCUCGCUUUGAUCCAGAAAUUGCAAGACAAAUACACUGGCUCUCGGUAUUGGGAAAUCAUUCCUCUCAAUGAAGCGUUGCGCUCCGUUCAAGAGCGGGUGGUUGAAUGGGAUACAAUCUUCGCUGAAUUUGAAAAGAAGUUUCUGCCGUCUGAAAAGGAUAUCAAACGACUGGCAGGGCUGCAGAUCAAGAAGAUUUUCCUUGACAAAGAUGCCUCUGUUAACCCAGAGGAUCCUUUGCAUACACCACCCGAAGCAAGUGACGAGAACGUUCGGGAAGAUGAAAAGCCCAGAAUGCUUCGUCGCAUGACCUUGUCUCCAGAAAAGGCUCAGGACGUCCUAGUUUCUGUCGUGGAAGAGGAUGCUGGCAAGAAAUACCGAGGUACUCCCCCGGUUGAUGCUGAUAUGCCUCCGCUGCCAAUGCCGGUUGAUGAAUCUUCCCCGGUUGCGGAGGCCAUCAAUGGUAAAAGGGCUUCUCCUCAGGAUGAAGCUGUUUCCAACGAGGAAUUUCGAUUUUUGGACUUGGCGGUUCCUGUCGAUCAGUCGUCGCAAGUAAAGAAGGUUCCUCGUCACAGCGAUAUUCCUGACCAAUCUCUCAAUGAAGUUCAUCAUGACAACUAUCAGAAGGACCCUUCACAAUCCAAGGGCCCGGGGGCUUUCCAAAAUGACCAGCUUCAACCCUCGGACGGAAAUGUCAGAACGCCAAGUACCCCGCCAAACCGACCUUCAGGCAUUCCACGACUCGCUGAGGGAGCGUUCAGGAAAUCCGCUCAGGGGCGCUCACCUCCCCUUGUGCGUGCCCAGUCUCAACCACCACAGCAGCCGGGAGACAGAUCCGGCAGAAGCUCGCCUUUUGGAAUGUUGAAAUACGCCUCAACCUCCAUUGAGCCGGCGGCGGUUCCCCAGGCCGAACCCAGCAAAUCAUCAGAUAAAAAGCUCAAAGAGCGUCUGACUGCUCUAAAGAAUGGUCGAUUUCCCUCCGGGCAUUCCUUCAUCCCGCGCUCUACUCCCAAACCUCCGAAGCCCACAAGGGCCAACAAGUCCGUGCCAAGUCUGACCAGGCAUUUCGAGCAAUUGAGUCGUGAAUUCGAGAAGGAACGCCAGCGGGAGCGCCAGCGACGAGCUGCUCGGAGUACACAGUCACGCGCAUUCCCCCUUGCUUCAUCUAAGCCCAUUGUGGAAGUGUAUCGAAAUGUCAGAGAAGCUGUCGGGGAACGAGAGCCACGGGUUGACGGAGAAGAGCCACUUGUCUUAGCCCCACGACUCCCAGCGGAUGAAUCAAGUCGCAAAAGUGAUGAUUACAUGGGCAAAACAAACCCCGAAGAGAUUACCCCGAAAUCUGGUUCUGUCGAACAUUCCCAGGGAUCCUUCGAGCCCGAGGAAAUACCUCGCCCCGACUCACAACUCAUGCUAGGAGAUGACCAAGAUGAUGCGGCUAGUGACGAGGACAGGCCUACAGCAGAGGACCUCCAUCCUGUGGAUUCACAAGAAGAAUCCAAACUGGCCGAAGAGGAAUCUUUCAAGGACCUCGGAAAGCAUGAGCGUACGACGCUAUUGAAAAUGCUCACCAAUUUCUGGUCAGAGCGAUCCGCUAGUGGUUGGUCUACUCUCGACUACCCUCUCAGUGUUAUGGAUCAUGUCUUUGCCGAUUCUGAUAUUGUUGUGCGAGAGGAUGAGCCCAGCUCUCUGGUGGCAUUCACUUUGGAUCAUCCUAAUUACAAGGAGCAACUGGCCAUCAGCCAACAAAAGUACCAGACCGAAGAUGGGCCUUCGACUUCUGGCACGGACACCGAAGCGGCGAAUGAGGUUCGUGUUGAGCAAGCUCUCUUGCAAUCCAAGAGUACCCAUGUCCUAUACCACUACACAGAAGGCCAGGCCAAGAUGUGGUGCAAGGUGUUCUAUACCGAGCAAUUCCAUGCACUUCGCGUCAAGUGCGGCGUGGCCGACCGGAUCGUGGAGUCGCUGUCGCGCUGCGCAAAAUGGGACUCCAAGGGCGGGAAAACUCGAUCCUUGUUCUUGAAGACGCUAGAUGACCGAUUCAUUCUGAAAUCGCUCUCUACCAUUGAGACGCAGGCUUUCUUGAAGUUUGCGCCCGCCUAUUUCCAGAUCAUGUCCGAGGCUCUGUUCCACGAACUGCCGUCCGCAAUUGCCAAGAUGUUCGGCUUCUACCAAGUCACGAUCAAGAACCCCGUCACUGGGACCGAAUUCAAUUGGUUCUUGCUUCUCAUGGAGAACCUGUUCUAUGACCGUGUCCCGAACCGGAUCUUCGACCUGAAGGGCUCCAUGCGAAACCGCAAGGUAGAAAGCACCGGUGAACGCGACGAGGUCCUGUUGGACGAGAACAUGGUCGAUUUCAUCUACGAGACACCACUGUUCUCGCGUGAACACUCGAAGAAACUGCUCAGCCAGAGUGUGUGGAACGAUACCCUGUUCCUUGGUCGUCAGAAUGUUAUGGACUACUCGCUUAUGAUUGCGAUCGAUGAUCAGCGGAGCGAGCUGGUCGUUGGUAUCAUCGACUGCAUUCGCACCUAUACCUGGGACAAGAAACUUGAGUCGUGGAUCAAAGAUCGGGGCUUUGCUGGCGGUGGCCGUAAUCGCCCUACUGUCACCAGUCCCAGGGAGAUAAGUAUCGGUUCCGAGAAGCAAUGGCAAGAUACGUUCUCCAAGCUCCGAGGUAUGUGA